AUGUGGAGAGCUGCAUGUAUACAAUGGGAAUCUCUGCGAUUUCAUAUAAAAGAGUUCAACGCGCUCCGAUCUUUGGGAUAUCGAGGGGAAAACGAGAGGGUGAAUUAUGACCUUGAGUGCAGUCCGCUGUGUCCUGUCAGCAGUGGGGCGGACGUUGGGAGGGGCGGCGUUCGAUUCGAGCGGGCCGAACGACGACGGCGGGCGCACAGUGCCCUCUCCGCUACCAUGUUUGCCUGUCGCCUAUCUUUGUGCCUCCUCGGCGCGCUGCUUGCUGCGUCGUUCGUCGAAAGAGCCUCUGCUUCGCCGGCGAACAUUCGCGUUCGCAGACAACUCGCCGAUGACAACACUUUACAACCGAUCGACGAGGAGGGCGACCAGCUGGAGAGGGAGAAACGAAAACUGGAAGACGUGACGCAGGCCAAGUACGGCGUCAAGAACGCGCUGCUCGGAUUCGUGUUCGGCAAAAUAAACUCGCUGAUCGACGCCAAGACCCGCCUCGUCGAAUCCCUGGACAAGAAAAACAUCGAGCUCAAUAAACAGUACGGUAUCGAGCCGCCGCAGAAUGGGCUUAGCUCGCUACCUGGGCUCGUUGGACAGCUGGUCGGACCCAAGCUGCAGCUGUUAGCUCCGAAGCUUCAGGCCGCCUCAGGUCUGAUCGGCAGCCUCUCCUCCGGUUCCUCAGGCUCGGGCUCGGGCUCAGGUUCGGGGCUCGGCUCGAUCUUGUCUCUCGUGACCUCCCUGUCAGGUUCUUCAUCUGGCGGCGGGGCGGCCGCAGCCGGCACGGUCGAGACUAUCGAUUCCGACGAAGACGAUUCGUGA